AUGGUAGGAAUGACAAUGAAUGAGACUACAAAGUGGUCUAAUAUUGCUAUCGGUCGAAUUCCACUCAAAUUACCAACAUCUUCAAUGCCUAAUGUUAAUCUUACCUCAUUUAAUAAUAAUAUAAAUGGACAUUUUUCACCAACUACAUUUAAUAACCAACGAUAUCGUACUGAAUUAUCAUUGAAUAUUGCAGAUUACUCCUACAUUUCCCAACGAACAAAUGCGGAUCAUUUAAGAGAAAAAUUACAUCGAUUAGAAAAUGAACGUAGUUCAUUAAAUUUACAAAUACAAGUUUUAACUGACAAAUUAGAACUUCAACGUGAUAUUGUUCAUGAAUAUGAACAAUUACAACGUAGAACAAAACCAAAAUAUCGUAAUCCAACAACGAAUACAACUAAUUUCUAUCAUGCUCAUGUUCAUCAACAACAACCAUCUUUUAUGCAUCGUGAUCAAUCACCAACAAUAAUUGAUUCAUCACAAUUUUUAAAUGAAAUAAAUCAUUUUAAAAUUCGUCUUGAUACAUUAGAAAAAGAACGUUAUGAACUUGAAGAUAAAGUUCGACGACUUCAGGAAGAAAAUGAAACAUAUAAAAAUCGUCUAUCUAAUGGAAAUAAUGAUUGGAUUGGAUCUCGAUCAACAUCAGCGCUCAAUGGACGAACUACUCCAUUGUCAACAUCUGAGAACGAUAUCGAACGUUUAAGACGACGUAUUGAAUCUCUUGUCAAAACUAACGACGAAAAAGAAAGAAAAAUCGAAGAUUUACAAAGUCAAAUAAAUAAAUAUCAAUCAAUUGCCUUAUCAUCAAUAUCAACAACAAAUGGAACUUCAUUAAUAUCUUCGUCGGCUAAUAUAAAAAAGGUCGAGAAUACUAUCAAUAAUAACAAUAAUAAUAAUAAUAUACAAAGACCUGGUUACGAAGCAGACGGUGAUAAUUCCGAUUCAAAUUCAUUACCAUCUGUCAAUAGUGAUAAAGAUUCACAACCAUCUCAAAAACCUCCUUCAUCAUCUUCUUGCCUAUUAACUCGAUCAUCACAUAAUGGUCAUGAUUCAUGUAUAAAUUCUUAUCGAAAUCCAUUAUCAAAAUUAAAACUUGACGUAUUACAACGAGCUUCAAGUGCAGAACCAAUGAUGACUCGAGAAUUAACUAGUACUCCUAUUCGUGAUAAACAACAACAAUCAACAAUUAUUCGAACACUUCCAUCCGAUGAACGAAUUGAUCGUACAUAUGAUCAAAGUGGUUAUAUAUCUGAUGGACCAAGCCAAAAAUAUUCAAUUUAUAAAAAAUCUUCACCAACAAAUUUAGAUAAAAAUAAAUCAUCGAGUGCAAAAGGAUUAAAAAGUAUUUUCGGAAGAAUUAUUCGUACUAACUCAGGAAAUUUUCGUGAAGAUAAUGAAUCUCAAGUUCAAAGUCCAUUUCAUCGAGGUGGUUUAAGAGCAACAACUAAUAGUGGAAAAACUUCAAUUAAACCACUUAGCGCUUUAGAAACAACAUUUUCUCGUUGGCAAACUGAACAAGUUGUAAAUUGGUUGUAUGGUAUUGGUCUUGGUCAAUAUGCAAGUGAAUGUCGUAAACAUUUUAAGAAUGGGUUACAAUUGUUACAUGCAACGCCACAAGAAUUAGAAAAAAAAAUAGGCAUGCGUAAUCCAUUACAUCGUAAAAAACUUCAAUUAUGUUUGAAUGGUUUAUGUACACGACAAACAGAAGCAAAUAUUCUUGAUACACAUUGGGUUCAAAAAUGGCUUGAUGAUAUUGGUCUACCACAAUAUAAAGAAUAUUUUGCUGAAUCAAAAGUUGAUGGUCGUUUACUUAAUAAUUUAACUCUCGAAGAUAUUAUUUAUUUAAAUAUAACAAAUGAACUUCAUCAUUUAAGUAUAAAACGUGCUAUACAAGUUUUACGUUUAAAUGGUUUUAAUCCAACAUGUAUAAAACGACGUCCAAGUCCAGAUGAUAAAAAUGAUAUGACUGAAAUAAUGCAUUGGUCAAAUCAUCGUGUUAUGGAAUGGUUAAGAUCAAUUGAUUUAUCUGAAUAUGCACCAAAUUUACGUGGAUCAGGUGUUUGUGGUGCUGUAAUUAUUCUUGAAUUACGUUUUAAUGCAUCGACAUUAGCAGAAAUAUUAUCAAUACCAAUGUCAAAAACAUUAUUAAGACGACAUUUAACAAUGCGUUUUCAAGAAUUAAUUGGUAAUGAUUUACAAAAUCGUAAAAAUCAAUAUGAAAAAUCACCAAAUUAUCAACCAUUAACACCACAUACAAAAAUUAAAAUAUCACGUGGUUUAUUUGCUCAUCGACGAACACGUUCAAUUGAAGCUGAUGAUUUAGUUUGUCCAAUGAAUGAAAAUGGCAUUCCGAAUGGUAUAUCACCCAGUCUUAAACGUUUUCAACGAAAAGACUCAUCACUGGCUGAUACUAUUGAGGAUGAACUUGUUCUCGCUCAUGAUAGUCCAACAACGGUUGUCUAG